AUGCCUGUCCCGGCGCCUCAGGUUCUCCCCGGGGGCAGACUGCCCGAGACCGAACACGGGCCUUCCCGUGCGCUCAGCUCCCGGAGCCCCAGCCCCGGAGACCCCGCCGCCGCCGCCUCCCCCAGCCCCGGGCGCUCACCAAGCUCACAGGUGCUCCUGCUCAGCCCCGCGUGGACCACGCCGGAACCGGAAAUGCGGCCUACUGGAGGCGCCCCGCCCCGGGGAUCCGACCGCGGGGACCGCCGCCCUCAGCUACAACUAUUUACUCUUCUGGGUUUCCGAGCCGCGUCUGCUCCGGACGCCCGAGCGACCCGGAGGCCGUGGCGACGGUGCGGCCUGACGCCGUUCCUCGCUGCGGGACAGAAGCAGGAAGUAGCACUUCCGGUCACCCUGCGCCACCUUGCCGACCCCCGACGGGCCUGGUGGGGUAUCGCUGGGUUGGGAGUCGCUGUGGCUCGACCGCUUGCUCGGGAACAGCAGACUCAGGGCAGGGACAGACUGACCCACGUGGAAUGCCUCGGCCUUCCUCUGACCCCGGGAAAGGACUUUCCGUGGGAGAACGCAGCCUCUUGCCGCUUUCUUCUAGCACAGGUUUGCCCAUUCCACCCGAGGGACUGCUGCGGGUUCAUCCAAGCCCAUCCCGGGUCUCCAGGGUGGAGGAUGCCCCGGACCAGCAUGUCAAACUGGCACCCCAUGGGCCGCAUGCAGCCCACAAGGAAUAUUUUUGCAGCCCAGCCAAUGUAACGGUAUGUAAAAAACGUUUUAAUAAAAAGUUCAU